AUGCGUGUCGAAACCUCCCUUCUCCUCGCUACCGCUUGGUCUUUGGUCAGCUUUGUAUUGGCCGCGCCCACACCGGCUUCAAACGGUCUCACACGCAGGCAAUCCGAUGAAUACUGUGGAAAUGUCGACAUCACUGCUGACGACAUCAACUCCGCACUCAAUGCCGCUGCAAACGCACAAAACAAUCCUGUUGGUCUGGUUGCCACACCUGCCAAGGUCGCCCAAGCACCGGCAGCCGAAAAGAAAGCCGCGCCUACCGCAACACUGACUCGUCGCUAUGAGCCAUACCCUCACCAGUUUGACAACCGUGAAGGCUUCUUGUCGAACGAAUGCGCUUCGCAGGCCGAUCAAGGCAACACAUACGAAUACCCGAUCAUCCCCGGCAGCGUUUACGACGGCGGAAGCCCUGGAAAGUACCGCGUGAUUUAUUACCCUACUGUUUCAGGAAACCAGUUCUGCGCUGUUGUCUACCACGAUGGCCAGGGAAACUCAAUGGCUCUUUGCAACUAG